AUGGUCUUGGCAAUACGACGUCGGGCACCGGUCGUGUUCACUACUAGAAGGACCAGAUGGCCGUGGUCGCGGAAAUUCACACGGCUGCACUGUUUCGGCUAUCUUGUCUUCGUGGUAACUGUCAUCAAGGCCUUUUCGUACUUCAAGGCGCAUCCUGAUCUCAGCCUGGGAGCCAUCCAUGCCGCUCCUACUCAUCGACGUGCGAUUCUGCGGCCUGGACAGUACAGAGAAGUGACAGAUUACCGUGCUGUUUUCGGCGCUGAGGAUUUGGUUGAGGAUACUAAUAUGUCUUGGACGGAUGAUAUGGGCCGCGUGCAUGACAGACGAAACAUCCAAUUCUACCUCGGCGGCACACUGACACUCAGCAGCACCCAUCCCUCAGACUCCUCUCAUCCCAUCCCGCUCAUCUACGACCCAUACCCAAACUACAACGGCCGCUUCCAGCCCUGUCUCGGUCCACGAGGGCGCAAUUUAGACCGUUCGUCACCAGAAGAUAUGGUGCAGGUCUACAAAGGAAAACAGGCUGCAUUCCCUGCUCCUCUAUUUGGAUCGUAUGAGGCCAUGAGUCUCGAUGGGGACGUGUGCACAGAUCGAUACUCCCGUCUCGGGGCAUAUGGCUACGGCGCGGACAGCAACGAAGAUGUCCCGGGCUUUCAGCGGCCCUCUCCAGUGGCGUGGGAUGAUGUGGACUGGAGCAAGCUACAAGAUCUUUGCUUCGAUCGGAAUGUUAAUAGGUACAAACCUAGCAGCACAGUGGACAUGUCGAUUCAACAUCCGCUUUCGAUGCAAUCACGACUGUUGGACCCUCGCAGAGCACCACAGCUGGAUCCUCCUCCUCCUACUACGAAAUUCAGGCAAUAUCAUCCCCGCUCGGCGGUGUUGAUAAGAGCGUGGCAUGACAUGAAAUGGACGGCAAGUCAUCGUGAAUAUCUCCGUGCUCUAAUAAUGGAACUGGCUUUGCACUCUGGCGCCGAGUAUGAGGUCUUUCUGCUGGUCCAUGUCAGGGACGAUGCACUCCCGAUCUUCUCGGACACGAAGACAAUUGAGCAGCUGAAGAAGUCUAUGCCGGCAGAGUUUCGCAACAUGGCUGUAUUCUUCAACACGAAAUUGUUGGAGGCAUGGUAUCCCAAAAUCCCAGAGCACAGUCCCAUGCUCCAACACCACCAGCCCAUACAGAUCUUCUCGCAGCUCUAUCCAAACUUCGACUACUACUGGCAAUUGGAAUUGGACAGCCGCCUCACAGGGCAUAGCUACCACUUCCUCGAACGAGCCGCCCGUUUUGCCGAACAACAACCACGCAAGUACCUCUGGGAGCGCAAUGCCUACUUUUACACACCAGGCGCGCACGGCCCAUGGGCAGACUUCAGCCAAAUGGUCCACGGCAGCCUGGCACCACCCUCCCAAUCGACCACCACAAUCUGGGGCCCAGUCAGCGGCACGGGAAUCCGUCCCCUAGGCCCCGAACCACCAUCCCCGCACGCAGAGAACGACAGCUACACCUGGGGCGUCGGCGAGGAAGCCGAUCUAAUCACCUUCCUCCCGAUCUUCAAUCCGCAAAACACAACCUGGACAUUCCCAAACCACAUUUGGAAUUUCCGACACGGACCCGACACACCCCGCCGCGCAGCCGUCAUCACCAUGGGCCGGUACUCGAAGCGUCUCCUAGAUCUAGUGCACGAGGCACAAGCCACGCGCGGCCUGGGUCUGGCGUCUGAGAUGACGGGCCCUUCCUGGGCUUUGUUUCACGGCCUCAAGGCUGUGCAUGUGCCUCACCCCGUCUACGCCGAUGGCCUUUGGACACCAGCUGAACUGGCAGCGAUCUAUAACCGUGGUCCGCCGUAUAAUAUCAACGGCGCGGAGGAUAGUAUCUGGAAUUGGGACCAUCGAUUUGAUCAUAUUAUGUAUCGGCUCUCGUACAUGUUCACCACGCAUACCGGGGAGGAUUUGUAUAGGAGGUGGCUUGGGUAUCGAACGGCGGAGAAUGAGGGCGGGAAGAUGUCUUCGGAGGUUCGCUAUGGACGGCAUUGUUUUCCGUCCAUGUUUUUGCAUCCUAUUAAGAAUACGAUGCAACGACCGGGACCUGACAAGGCUGUUCCGUGA